AUGAGGUCUCAUGGAAACUCUAGGUUUGACAUCACCUCCAGAGGAGCUCUGGAGCUUCAACUGCACCAUAGUUGUCCCCACUUGAGGCAAAGGAACCAGUCUUUUGUAUACCCACAUCAGUCAGUUAUUGACAGUGGGUCACAUGCCAGGGGAUCUGAUGGAUGCACUGAUUGGUCUGUUGAUAUCAAGAAAUAUCAAGUUUUGGUGGGAGAGCCUGUUCGAAUCAAAUGCGCACUCUUUUAUGGUUAUAUCAGAGCCAAUUACUCCCUUGCCCAAAGUGCUGGACUCAGUUUGAUGUGGUACAAAAGUUCUGGCCCUGGAGACUUUGAAGAACCAAUAGCCUUUGAUGGAAGCAGAAUGAGCAAAGAAGAAGACUCCAUUUGGUUCCGGCCAACAUUGCUACAGGACAGUGGCCUCUAUGCCUGUGUCAUCAGAAACUCUACUUACUGUAUGAAAGUAUCCAUCUCCCUGACUGUGGGUGAAAAUGACACUGGACUCUGCUACAAUUCCAAGAUGAAGUACUUUGAAAAAGCUGAACUUAGCAAAAGCAAAGAAAUUUCAUGCCGUGACAUAGAGGAUUUUUUACUACCAACCAGAGAACCUGAAAUCCUUUGGUAUAAGGAAUGUAGAACAAAAACGUGGAGACCAAGUAUUGUAUUCAAAAGAGAUACCUUGCUCAUAAGAGAAGUCAGAGAAGAUGACAUUGGAAACUAUACCUGUGAGUUAAAAUAUGGAGGUUUUGUUGUGAGAAGAACUACUGAAUUAACUGUUACAGGACUGCAUCCAGAAUAG